AUGGAAACUGAUUUGACUGAGGAAGAGAUCGAGACGAUAAGAGCCAGAAACAGGCGGUCAGUUACGGAGCAACGCCGCAACUCCCAAUUACCCCUUCAGUGGAGAAUUACGCACAGCUCUCGCUGGAUAGCCCAGGUGGUGGCCUCAGAAUUCAGCCUGGUGGCCUUCCUCCUGCUUCUGGUCAUGGUCUUCUCCAAAAAAUGGCUGUACCCCUCUAAGAGUCGUUUCCAUCAGCGUUACCCCAAAAACAUCACCAAUAGACUCUACACCUCGAUCCAUAUGAUGUCCACAGGGCUCCUGUACACCUGCAUGUCUAAAAGCUGCUCCAGCUCAGACAGUGGGAAAGACAAUUAUAAGCUGUGGACAACCCAUCCAGUUUUGGGGAUAGCUAAGAUAAGUUUCACCUUGGCCAUAGGGCUGGGUUUUGUCCUUACCGCCUGGCUGCACCUGCCGUACCUGCCCCGUCUGCACAGAAUGCCUUUCUUUGGCUUGAUUGGGAUCGUCCUGAGCUUCUGUGAAGUCGCCUUCAUUUUCCUCACCCUCCUGUUGUUCCCUGUUAACCUCUGGAUCUACGAGCUGAAGAAGAACAUAUCGGUCCCCAUCGGGUGGAGCUAUUUCAUUGGUUGGCUGGUGUUCGUCCUGUAUCUCACCUGUGGGAUCCUUUGCUACCUCAACCAUAAAAACUUCUGGAGAGUGAUAACGGACAGCUCCUCUUCCAUCAUCAGCAGUCUUGGCAAAAGUAUGUUGCAAGGGUCUCUGAAGAGCACUGUACAGCCCUCCAACAGCCAAGAGGACAUCCCCGAUCCUGAUGAGCAGAAGGAUAAACAGCAGCCAUUAGGUUUAUCUAAAAGCUUCUCAGGACCCUACCCCGCCAGCCUGGGCUAA